AUGGUCAGCUGGACCUUUAUAUCCCUUGGUUUUGCUUCUGUCGCUGGACUCUCUCUCCUCAUGCUACGCCGACUACUGCACCCAAAAGUCCAUUUUUGUGAUUGCGUGUCUGCGACUCCGAAGUACGCUGUCAUAACUGGCGCCACAUCAGGUAUUGGUCUUGCUACAGCCCGUGAGCUAGCUCGUCGCCACUGGUCACUCCUCCUCGCCUGCAGGGACACAAAACGUGCAGAGGCAGUUCGCGAAAGGUUGAUCGCAGACACUGGAAAUUCGAAAGUUACAGUAAAGAUGCUAGACCUUGAGGACCCCCAGAGCAUCAGAAAAUUUGUGCAAGACCUACCUCACGUGGACGUCCUUAUUAAUAAUGCUGGAAUAAUGUCUGCCAAACGGACUCCCUCCAAGAGCUUUCCUGCGCUCGACACGAACAUGAUGACAAAUUUUUUAGGAUGUUUUUUCCUUUGCAAAUUAUUACUUCCGCAGCUCGAAAACUCAUCAAAAAACUCGGGAUCCCGGCCGCGACUAAUAUUCGUAAGUUCUGCUCUUGCUUCAAGAGGAAAUUUGAGGCUACAAGACAAAGGAAGCAUUCUGGCCGCAACCGAAAGCGAUUGGACUGCUCAACAGUCGUAUGCCAACUCCAAACAGGCAUUGAACCUUUACGUCCGCGAGCUGUGUGCACGCUGCGGGACCGACAAUGAUAGACCCGUCGACAUCUACUGUUUGGUUACCGGUGGAAUGGUCAACACUAACCUGAACCGCGAAAUUGUGCAGGACUUCCCUUGGCCUAUACAAGGAUUUCUUCGAUUUCUGUCAGGAGUCCUCCUUAAAACUCCCCACGAAGGCUGUCAAAGUGUCGUUCACUGCUCCGUUAGUGAAGAUGUUUAUGGGGCACACUUAAACGACAAGCGCAACUCAGGCCAAAAUGGAAGUGGGUGCCUAUACCGCAACUGUGUACCUGUCGAAUGGCCAGCUUCCUCAGGCUUGGGUUCUCUCUCGGCAGCAGUCUACAAAGAGGCAGAAACUAUGCUUGAACACGAAUUUCUUUAA